AUGGAAAUAAAGAAGGGAAAAAGAAUUGAAGGACCCAAUUCUUUCAAGAAAAUUAUUAGACAUCACAGAGACAAUGCCAACCAAGCUAUCAACCCAUACACACUGAAGUCAAUACUUUGGCAAUUGUUUAAUGGGCUAAAUUAUCUUCACAGCAACUGGAUUAUGCAUCGAGAUCUUAAACCCUCCAAUAUUUUGGUAAUGGGUGAUGGAAAAGAACAAGGAGUUGUAAAAAUUGUUGAAUUUGGACUUGCUAGAAUAUAUCAAGCUCCACUGAAGCCAUUGUUUGAUAAUGGGGUUGUUGUAACCAUUUGGUAUCGUUCACUAGAGUUGCUCCUUGGAGGGAAACACUAUACUAGUGUUGCUGAUAUGUGGGCUGUUGGCUAUAUAUUUGCUGCGCUUAUGACAUUGAAGCCAUUGUUUCAAGGACAAGAAGUUAAAGCCACACCAAACCCUUUUCAGCUUGAUCCACUUGAAAAAAUUUUCAAGGUUUUAGGUCAUCCAACAGUAGAAAAAUGGCCAACACUUGCCCAUCUUCCACAUUGGCAAACAGAUGAGCAACACAUCCAAGGGCACAAAUAUCCUAGUCUUUACAGUUUUGUUCACCUCUCUCCAAAAAAUCCCGCAUAUGAUCUUCUCUCUAAAAUGCUGGAGUAUGCGUUGCCUCUUUAA